AUGUUAUUUCAAACGAGUACACCUAAAAGACGAACUUUAAUACCGUUACCUCGUGCAUCAACACCAAAUAAAUUUUAUAAUCUUAUUAAGAAUAAGAUCAAAGACAAUGAUAAUCAACCAAAAAUUAUAGAUGAAAAAUAUUGUCAAUAUGAUCAAAUGCCAAUCAUAAAACUUGAUUUACUUCUUUAUCGACCAAAAACUGAAUACUAUUAUCAUCAUCAUAAAAAUAUUAAACAAAUUUGGGACAUUUAA